GUAGUGAUCAUGAUAAAGCAGAGAAUUAUGAAAAAUUUGGAGAAUUUCUGGUUGAAUCUGAGUCAGCAAGGGGAAAAUACCGCGAUUCGGGUGUUGACAACUUAAUUGAAUUUGGUCGCCCCAGCCUCGAAGAUUAUAAUUUUAAUGGGCCCGGUCAUCAAGAAUUCGAUGCAUUUAUCCUCUCAUUUGAACAAGCUAGAAGAAGGUACCAGUGGAGUGAUGCAAGUUCAAUCCUUUUCCUGCAAGGCCAUCUCCGUGAUUACGCACUUAAAUAUUUUAUUGGUUUUAUGCGCACCCUUGUUGAUGAGAUUCCACGAACAUGGGUGUAUAUUAGGAAGGAGUUUGCUGCCAAAUUUCAUCCUGAUUCACCGGUCAUGAAAUUUCUUAAUGCGGUUCAACAACAAAAUGAGCCACUUAUGGAUUUUAUCACUCGGAAGUUCAAACUCUGUCAAGACAACAACCUAGUGCUCUAUGAUUGCGAAUUUGUGCAUGGCGUUAUCGAAGGCCUUCUCCCUGAAUUUUCCGGUGCCUUCCGUCAGUUUUGCCCGAAUUUUACUGACAGUGAGUUUGGAUCUACUGUUUUAUAUUUUCUUGACAACCGGCAUAUUGCAGAGCAGAAAUUAUUAAUGGAAGUCCCUUCCCUUCCAAUCAGCCCACACGGUGAAUCCAGAGACCAACCUCAAGCAGUAUCCAAAGGUCAAAAUGGUAAAAAUUCCAAAAUCAUCGUGUUUGUUCCAUUCGUGAAUUGUAUGCAAGCUGGAGUCACGUCAGACGAAGAAAAUUCCACCAGUGUUGAGGAAACCAACUCCUACCCGAAGUCGAAAGCUUUCUUCUCGAUGACUAAGGACCAGGGUCAUGUAGCUGACGUCACCAGUGCCCACAUCUUGGAAGCUAAGGCGUCCAAAUCUACUCCGAACACUAUCUCAACAUCUGUUAUCAUCAAUACUUGUAAUGUAACGACGUCAGGAAAAUCAGUUCGUCCACACUCAAUUCACCUUAAAGCUUCAUUUAUUCUGUGCGGUAAAUUCAACUCCAACAGUGUCGCUUGUGAAGAAUCGAAAGUUUUUCCAUGGCAACGACCAUUUGUGUACCAUAGGUUCCAGCUCAAAAUUAAAGAAAGUAUGAUUCUUUUCUCUAAGGUUCCUCAUAACGCCAAAUUUUGGAACCUCAAGUUCAGGCCGCAGCCUUACCUAUACCACCUCAGUGAUAAUGCUUUACCCCCUGUUAAUCGGUUUCUAUUGGGCACAAAUAGUGUGUCUUCUAACGCGCCACUAGUUGACCCUCAAAUUUCCAACUUUGGACAGUCGAUCAUCAGAGUACAGUUUUUUUCAUCAAAGAAUUCGCGGAAAAUCAAUCGAGCCAAAAGAAAUGUGUUGAGUGCUAAAUUGUUGCCAGCUUUUAAACUUAAUCCGACGUUGUUCGAAGGCAAUUCACCCAAACGGAAAACAAAGUCUCGUGAGUGUCAUUUGGUGCGAAAAUGCAAGUUUAAGAGGCAAAAAAGAAAACUUUUGGUUUAAUAAGGGACAGUCGGGAAAUGACCUGAUACGCGCGCGCCUCUGGAAAUCGAUUAUACUCUUCAAUUAAGAAAUUAGAAUGUUAAGAAAUUAGUUUUAAGAAUUCAUAUGUGCGAGCAACACCGCAUGCGAAAUUAUGUGUAACGGCAUAAAAAUUAUAAUGAUCAUCUUUUAACUCAACCUCAGAGCAAGCAGAAUCAUUAGUUGACAUGUGACUAGGGCAUUAAUUGUGUAACUCUCCACUAAUUUGUCCUUAAUUUUUGUUUAUAAUAAUCAACGCUCAGCGGAUAUGAGAAUAUUCAAACCUUAAAUUGC